GUCUCCCCUGUCGGCUCCUCCCCGCCCGGCCGCGCCGCCCCCGCCAGAGGCAGGUCCCUCGGCAGCCGGCAAGCGGGGGGAUUAAAUUGUAAUUUCCAAGCGCCGCCGGCGAGCUAGGGCAGGACGCGAACCGGGGGAGAGCUGCGGGCCAGCGGCUGCUUCCCUGCCCCGGCGUGUGGCGCGGCUUUCCCGGCCCCGGGGCGCUCGGGCUAUUCGAUCAGGUGCCGCGAAAGGUCCCCGCGGGGCCCGAGUUGCGAGCCGCCCCUCGGCGAAGGUUCUCCGCGGCCCAUGGAGAAGUAUGAGAAACUUGGCAAGAUCGGAGAAGGCUCCUACGGGGUGGUGUUCAAAUGCCGGAACCGAGACACCGGCCAGAUCGUGGCGAUCAAGAAGUUCCUAGAAUCGGAAGAUGAUCCUGUUAUAAAGAAAAUCGCCCUUCGAGAGAUCCGGAUGUUAAAGCAACUGAAACACUCCAACCUGGUCACCCUGCUGGAAGUCUUCAGGAGGAAACGGAAGCUCCACUUGGUCUUUGACUACUGUGACCACACAGUUCUCCAUGAGCUGGACAAGUACCCACGGGGGGUCCCAGAGCAUCUCGUGAAGAGCAUAACUUGGCAGACCCUCCAAGCUGUAAACUUUUGCCAUAAACACAAUUGCAUACAUCGGGAUGUGAAGCCAGAAAAUAUCCUAAUAACUAAGCAUGCUGUCAUUAAACUUUGUGACUUUGGAUUUGCUCGCAUACUAACUGGACCUAGUGAUUAUUACACAGACUAUGUGGCUACCAGAUGGUACCGUUCUCCUGAGUUACUUGUAGGAGAUACUCAAUAUGGCCCUCCUGUGGAUGUCUGGGCAAUAGGCUGCGUCUUUGCAGAGUUGUUGUCAGGUGUCCCCUUGUGGCCUGGAAAAUCAGAUGUGGACCAGCUAUACCUAAUAAGGAGAACCUUGGGGGAUCUUAUUCCUAGGCAUCAGCAAGUAUUCAGCACUAAUCAGUUCUUCAGCGGGGUACGAAUUCCAGAUCCAGAGAACAAGGAGCCACUAGAAUUGAAAUUUCCUAACAUUUCAUAUCCUGCACUAGGACUAAUGAAGGGCUGCCUUCAUAUGGACCCUGCUGAGAGGCUCACAUGUGAACAGUUACUGCAACAUCCAUACUUCGACAGCAUGAGAGAAACAGGAGAUUUGGGAAGGGAACAUGAAAAAGCCACUCGGAAACCAACCCGGACAACUCGAAAGCACGUGCCAGGGUUACAGUACCUGCCUCAGUUAACCAGCAGUAACAUUUUACCAGCUUUGGAUAACAAGAAGUACUGUAGCAACACAAGAAAAUUAAACUACCAUUUCCCCAACAUCUAACAAGACAGCAAGUCACUACUAAGAGAGAGCUAUUUAUUGUUCAAAGUGCAAGCCUUCAAUAGUUUCUAAAAGGAAGACUUACGGUGAAAAACUAAAUUAAUGGAAAUUUUACAAUAGACACAUAAGUGAUCUCUGAAGUUAGUUUAUGGUGUGUCACCAUAGAGAGUUCAGAGCUGCAUGCUAAUCAGUAUUCUAUGUAUAAAGGAGAACAUAAGUGUUUUGUUUUUGUUUUGUGAUUAUAUUGUGGUUCAGCAUUACCAAGAACCACUGCUUACAGCAUGUGACUUUAAUAAACCACAUUGAGUGCCUGUAUUCAAGACUUUGCAGUAAAGUCACAAGCAUGCCAAGUACAUUUGUUUCAGAAAGUCCUAUUGUGUCAAAGCAUUAAAAAUAAUGAAAAAAUAUACAGUUGAAACACUUAUGCAUAUGCAUAAUUUAAUUCACAUGAGCAGGCCCACCAGUGGGACUUCCUAUGUGAGUAAAAUUACUUGUGUGAGUUUGUAAGAAUGGGGCUAGAGACUGUUCAGCUAAUUGAGCAUUCACUCUAUUGGCUGAACAUGGUAAAAUAUAUUUUUAAAAUGCAAAUAAGGUGUUAGGAACAUUAGAAAAGCCUCAGGUAAAUGUAAUGGAAUGCCCAAUGGACUACAGCAUUGUCACUGAUGGCGGGGACAAUAAAAUAGAUACACACACUUUUAGUAGAACCUUGCUGUUGCUUUUAGGUUUCCCCUGCCUUUCCCUUUCUGGCAUUACCAAGAGAUUUCACUUGUUUGAUCAAUACCAGAAACCGCUCACCUGUGGUUUAUAAUACUAGAAGGGAAUGGGCAGGAAGGCCUCCUAAAUAUCUAUACUAGGAUAAAUCUCAUUUCUUUGUAUAAUCUCACGAUGUAAUACUUUAUCGGUUUUGAAUAAAAUUAAUGUAGUUCACCUUC